UUUUGACAGUUUCUUUUUCUUGUUCAAGAGAGUUGCAAUUUCUCAUAAGAAAAUAUUAUUUGUGUUCUUUUUUAGUCUAAAUGAAAUUUAAAAUAUCUGUACAUACGACGUAAAAGAUAUAUUGUUUAGUAGUAAGAGAUAUUUUUGAAUGCUUUAGAUUGCGAUUGGUUCUUUAAACUGGAUUGUUUAUUUGAAUACGAAUUAUCCUCCAUUGGUAUACGGUUUUGACAGUUUCUACAAUUUGGAGUAUAUUUUACGAUUAAAUUCACGCCCCAUAGUUUGGUAUUUACUUUAAUUUACAGUUUUUACUUUAAUUUUUAUUAUAAAUGUUUAUAAGCUUGGCUGUCACAUUUUCGUUAUUUAGGCAAUGGUUGUUGUAAGUGGGACGUGGGUUAAAAAUGUUCCAUAUUCUCCACAAAUCAAUGAAAACAUCAUAAUUGAAGAGCAUGAAAUUAUGGCUGCUAAAGCUAUCCUAGCCUGUCGCCCAAAUUCUCAUCCAUUCCAGGAUAGAACUCUUACUUUGGAUCAACCUGUAAAAAUUGGUAGGUCAGUGGCUAGAGCUAAACCUACUCCAACAAAUGCCAUAUUUGAUUGUAAAGUUUUAUCUCGACAUCAUGCUAUGUUAUGUUAUGAAAAUGGCAAAUUUUACUUGCAAGACACCAAAAGCAGCAAUGGGACUUUUGUAAAUAAUAAUAGACUCUCAGCAGAUAAUCAUGAAGUUAGUUCAGGAGAUAUAGUUCAAUUUGGUGUUGAUGUUGUUGAGAAUAAUAGAAAGGUUGCCCAUGGUUGCAUUAUAGCCACUUUAAAACUAUAUUUGCCAGAUGGAAAAGAAGCUAAGGCUAGUCCAAGUAUUACUGAAAGCGAUAGACAUGGAGUUGUACCUUUGGAUGACUUAUACAAACUUAAUCAAAUUUUACAAGAAGCUAAUCAAAGAGAACAAUGUUUGGAAUCUAAAUUAAAUGCCUUGCAGAAUGUGGUAGAAGAGACAAAAAAAUCUGCUGAAGAAAGUUGGCAAGCUUAUGUUGGUGAAGAAAGGUUACUGAGUAGAUUAUCAGCAUUAGAGACACAGUUACAACAAGCUAGAACCAAUUGGUCUGAAGAUAGAUUAAAGGAUGAAAUAGCAAAGUUAAGAGAAAGUAAUGAACAAUAUCAAGAAGUAGCUAAAGAAACUUUAGAAAAGGCAUAUGCUGACAAACUUCAAGCUGUUGCUCUGGCCAUGGAACAAGAACGAGCUAAAAUAUCAGCAGAACAAGAUGCCCUUUUAGUAAGAGAACAGCUUGAUCAGACUCAACUUGAACUACAGGAAAUAGCACAAAAAUUGACUGAAGUGCAAACAAAAGCGGAACAAGAAAAGCAGGAACAUGAAAAGAACAUUAGAGAAUUGGAGCAGCAUAUGGAAGAAGAGGAAAGCAAAAUUAUAGAUUUGGAAGCAAAGAUCUACGAGUUAACAUUAGAGAUAUCAAAAAAACAAGCAUAUAGUGAGAGCAUUGAGCAGGAACGACCUGGUUUAAUAUUUGAAAAUGAUCUUAAAAUGAAAGAGGAGAUGCUUGCGGAAAAUGAAAUGAUUACAGAAUCGAUACUAAACAAGUCAAACUCUAAUGGUUUUAAUCAAAAUCAUAUAAAUUUAACAGUGGUACCAGUAGAUGAAAAAUGUGAAACAGAGGAACUUGAGUGCGAAAUGAUAGCCAAAGAUUAUAAUGAUAGUGAAAUUAAAAUAAAAGAAGAAGGAAAAAAGGUGUCCUUUAAACUACCGGAAGAGGAACAUUCUUCUAGAGAGGAAUCCGAAAAUGAUAUAGAGAGUCCUGAAAUUACUGAACAAGAUAUCUCUGUAGAUCGAAAAAGUUUUGUCAGUGAUCAAAUUGAUUCUAAAACGCUAAAGUACCAAUAUCAAUCUGCACAACGGGAGCAAAUGGAACUAAAACGCAAAAUAGACAUUUUAGAAAAAAUAUCCGAAACAAAUAAAAUGAAAAUAGCUGAACUGGAUAGAGCUCUUGAUGAGGAAAAAGAACUAAAUAGUCAACGAUUAUUAGAAAGAGAAAAUUUACGCCAAGAAUUACUCGAUUUAGAGCAAAAAUGGAGAGAGGGCUGUAACGAGAAUCAACAAUUAAAAGAUAAAGUUAAUGCUUUAGUUGCUGAAAUCGAACAACGUCGAAAAGAUGAAAAAAACGAAGAUACACGAAAAGUAACGAGUUAUAAAGAAUAUUCCGAUAAUACAGAGCAAAUGCCUGACGAAACGCUUUCUAAGACUAAUAAUAUCCAGUUGGCAGUUCUGGAAGAGGAAAUGAUAGCAUUAAAAUCAAAAUAUUCUCAAACCUGUGAAGAUAAAAUGCAGUUACAAAAGGAUUUAUUAAAAAUGAAGGUGGAAUAUGAAAUGUUAUGCGACAGCAUUUACAACAAGUAUUUUUGGUACAUUGGACCAAUUGUUCUUUUAGUUCUGUAUUUAUUAUUCAGCACUUGGAUUUCCUGAUUAACAGUAAUUUUUUUGGUUUCCUUUUAUUACUUUUUUAAAUUUUUACUGAAAAUCUUUGCCAAAACAUAGGGGUCGCGUUUUUUUACUUCUAAAGUACUAGUCAUUUUUUUUUCAAUUGUAGGGUGUUCUAAUCACUGAAAACAUAUAAACUGUCACAAAUUGAAUUUAUGUCUAAGUUUAGUGACAUAAAUUUUUUUUAUUAUAUAAAAUUUUAAUUUUUAAGAAAGUAAAACAGCGUAAUAAAAUUAUUUUACUCUAUCUUAACAUGUCUAAUAUAUCUAAUUUUGCUCAAAGCAUCUACAUGUUAGCCGUCAAUGAAUAUUUGUAAAGUAUAAUAAAAUUAUUAAAAAAAUGCGGUUACAGCUCAUAGCAUGGUCACGUUGUUUAAUCAUAUUUAAUUUUGAUUUAAAGUACAUUGUUUUCUUUCUGUUACAUGAUGAGUUGAUUUAGAAGCAUAUCAAGAUUGAUUAAAUAAAGAUAAUUAAAGUGUAGAACACCCUGUGUAAAUAGGCGUAAGAUUAUUCAAUUCAUACAAAUCAUUUUAAACAAAUUUGUUAUUUUUUUAAUUUACAUGUUGCCUUAUAUUUAUGAGUAAAUUGUAUAGAAUGAAAGUGUCAUUGCAACCAAUGUUUUAUGUGUGCCUAUGCCCAGUUGUAAAUUAAAAUUUUUAUGACAUUAUUAACAAUAUAUUCAUUGCUUUGCUAUAAGUAUGAGAAUUUAGAACAACUAUACUACAAUAGAAAUUAUUUAAUACUAGUUGAAACUUGGCGCAUCCGCCACGACAUCAGGAAAAAAAUAGUUAUUUUUUUUUAAUUAAAUGAAAAACAAAAAAUCCGGCGACGACAGUUUUUAGUA